AUGCCAGUCUCCGAGUUAGCGCGCCUCACCCUUCGGUCGGGCACUGAGGCUUCGUCUCCAGCUCUACUGAUGAACUUGGCCAAAGCAAAAGAGGCAAUGGUGGAGGCCAGUGGAUUCGAAUUCUGGUAUUACCAUUGCGUGGAGGACCCCAGAGUCAUCUUCAUCCUCGGAUCGUGGCCUUCAGUCGAAUUCCAUAUGCAAGAUUUCAUUGCCAGUGAGCCGAACCAAGAGCUGCUAACCCUGCUCAAAGAUCAAAUAACCGUGGACUGGAUGUUUCAUCUGGAUAUCGCCCAAACAACACACCCUCUGCCAUUGAGCCGAGACAUGAUCGCGAUUGCCCGGCAUUUCAUAAAAGACGGCGCCAAAGAAGCGUUUAAAAGCACAUUUGAGGCCAGGAGAUAUGAAUUGGAAUCUUUCCUUGGGAAAGAAAACAUGGUUGGGGGAUGGAGAAUUGAUGCUGGUUAUGACCCUUCAGAGGAGGACGAGAGCAGAAAAGAGGAAUUCGUGCUGUUCACUGCAUGGGACAGUGUCGAGCACCAUGGCGAGUUUGCGGAAACGGAGGGAUUCCAGAAGUACAGUCAGACCAGGAACCACAUCGAUAGAGCGGAGAUUAAGCACGCGAAACUGCUCCAGGUUGGAGAGCUCGUCUGGAAGUGA